CCUUCUUUACAUCAUUAAUGAUUUAAGCAGUGUGCAUGACCAGGAAGCAGAAGCUUGGACUGCUUUCUUUAUUACACUGGAGAACAGAAACAUGGACCUCUCUGCUUUGCCAAACAACAACCAUCCUGACAAAUUCCUACAGCUGGAGGUGAAGUCUUUAGUGAAAAACUCAACCCUUCUACAGGCCAGACUGGCAAAGCUCCCAGAAGCAGCUUUACCUGGAGUGCAACAGUGGCACAAUAGGAUCUAUUUACAGAGAGAAAAUAAAAACAUUACUGAACUGCCUGGGUUGGAACUGAAUGGGGUCAGCCAAGAAAUGAUAGACAAAACCCUUGGGAAACACAUUACACCCAUCACACUGAAAUCCACAAUCAAGAGCAAUCCCUUGUAUAGCGACUUCCAGGUGGAAGACAACUGGGAGGAGAAGAGAAGAACCCCUUCCUGGACAGUGCAGGACUAUGACAGACAUUCACUGCACUCUGACUUGGCCAGCCACAUAAAGGUAACGUGCUGCUGCACUGCAUUCAAACAAAAUGGAUUGCUAUAAGCUCUUUGUGAACAUGAGCCACAGUGCAGCAUGUUUGGUUCUUUUGGUAGGAUUCCAGAAGCAAAUAUGGACAUGUUUUCCUGUGCAGACAUGACACUUGCAUGAGUCUGAUCAGAAAGAGAAGUCUAUGUAUCUGGUUAGAUGCCAGCAAUUUCAGUUCAGCAGAACAUGAUCUCUGAAAUGAGAAAGUCUUAAACCACAACACCCUGCAACAGUUUCCCAAUCUAUACAGGGGUGAUCUGUAAACCAGGUACUUAAGAAUUGUGUGUCCACUUUUGUAGUUGUUCAUAACAUCACAGAUAACACAGAUAGUCUUAUUCACGCUAUGCAGGAUCCUAU